AUGUCGACGCCGACCACUGCUACUGCUACUCUGCCACCCCAUUCUCAUUAUCACAACCCCCAUCAUCACUUCCCAUACUAUUCCGCCAACUCGUCGACAUCGUACCGCUCCGCCGCAAACAACCUCCUCCCCCCGACAAGCCGCGUCCCUCCCUCAUAUUCCACCUCCACCACAUCGAGCUACGUCCCUACCACGACCACACAGGCUUCCUCGUCGACCGCGAAUGGGUCGUCCUUCUCCAGCGGCUCUUCUCUAGCCCGCUCCCAUCGGCAAGACCUGGAAUUGCCUGCGAUACUCGAACAAAACUACACCACCAUGCCCGCCUCCAAGCCACAGCCUGCCAACGGCUCGCCGGAAUCGCGAAAGAGGCGACGACACAGCCCUGUCGAUUGGAACAAGUUCUACGGUGGUCAGCCUCCCAAGGAAAUCAUUGUCAUUGAUGACUCCCCCGGACCCGAGAGUGCUGCCGUUUCUGCCGUCCCGGCCUCACAGACCUUGACCAACGGCAGUGUAGCGUACAGUUACGCCAAUGGCGUCAAUGGCGGCCCCGUCGCUGCCAACACAUCUGCCGCUCGACACGCCCCUAAGAGGCGGAAACGAGACGACGACGCACCCACGGCUUCGGGCACCCGCUACGAUCCUGUCCAUCACAGCCGGCUCAACGGCUCGACCACGACUCCCCACCAGAAUGGAGCAACGCCCUCUGCCUCGACCAUCUCCUCCAGUGACAGGACCAACUCGGCGAUUCACACUACUGCUGCAACAUCCCUCGGUUCAUUAUCGUCAAACAGCCAAUACGACCAUGACGUACAGCCUGGCAAUAAGAGGAAGCGGACUCGACAACAGGUCGCCAAUGAGGUAAAGCGGAGAGAAAACGCCAUCAUCGGCCAUGCCUACCCGAGUUAUCAUCCACCCCCUCAGCCGCCUAAAAAGGCCGGGGACGUUCACGUCCGAGUGAUCCCAGAUUCCUUCAAGAGUGGUACCGUGGACGACAGUGAUGGUCAUUACAUUGUUGUUCCAGAUGCGGAACUAACGGACAAUUACCAAAUGAUCAAGAUGCUUGGCCAAGGAACCUUCGGCAAAGUUGUGCAAGCUCGAGACCGAAGACGAAAUGAACUUGUUGCCAUCAAAAUUAUUCGUUCCGUGCAAAAGUACAGGGAUGCCUCGAGGAUCGAGCUCAGAGUUUUAGCGACGCUGAAAGCGAACGACUCGGAAAAUCGGAAUCGUUGCAUACAUCUCCGCGACUGCUUCGACUACCGAGGCCACAUCUGCAUCGUCAUGGACCUGCUGGGCCAGAGUGUCUUCGAUUUCCUCAAAGGCAAUCAGUUCGUUCCCUUCCCGAACAGCCAGAUCCAAAGUUUUGCGAGACAGCUCCUUACUAGUGUCGCUUUUCUACAUGACCUGAAUCUGAUCCACACUGAUCUGAAGCCAGAGAACAUCUUGCUCUAUGACAGUGCUUAUCAGACGUUCACCUACAAUAGAAAGAUACCAUCCUCGUCGACACAAGUUAGUCGUAACGCGACACAGCGACGGGUUCUUUUGGACACGGAGAUUCGUUUGAUCGACUUUGGAUCCGCUACUUUCCAGGAUGAGUACCACUCCUCUGUAGUCUCGACUCGUCACUACCGGGCGCCUGAAAUCAUCCUCGGUCUCGGAUGGUCAUUCCCAUGCGAUAUCUGGAGUAUUGGCUGUAUCCUUGUCGAAUUCUUCACUGGCGACGCAUUGUUCCAGACUCAUGAAAAUCUUGAACAUCUAGCCAUGAUGGAGAAUGUCGUGGGCUCGAGGAUCGACAGCCACUUGGUCACGCAAGUCAACAAGAUGACAAGGAAUGGUGGCAAUCCAGCUUCCAAAUACUUCAAAAGAGGCAGGUUGGACUACCCAAUACCUGAAACGACUAGGGCGUCGCGUCGGUUUGUCAAGGCCAUGAAGAAGUUGGACGAUAUCAUUCCCAACAACACACCUUUCUUGAAAAACUUCAGGGAUCUUCUGAAGAAAAUCUUCGUCUACGACCCUGCCCAUCGCAUCACGGCCAAGCAGGCUUUGCAACACCCUUGGUUCAAGGAGACAGCCCAUCCUGACGACGGCACUGAAGCUGCAAAGAUCAAAAUGGAACGAUUGCGGGCUAGUCAAGGGCUGUCAUCAGCUCGCAGCAUGCAUGGUUGA